GCACGAUUGUAACCGGCACCCCGGCCGUGAGGAAGGGAAUCCUAUUCUUGAUUAUGAUCUGGGCCGCCAUCUGCUCCCAGAUGUCUGGCAACGCCUUUGUCAGUCACUACCUCAGCCCCGAGGAGAUUUCUAACAUGUUCGAGGGUCCUCUAGUCGAGAGAAUUGACUUUGUUCACAUCGGCGAGAAAGUCCAACUUGUUGAUAGGCCUUUCGUAGAUCGAUCGAUCAACAAAACGUUGUUAUGGGUAAAAGGUAGUGUAUUCUUGUCUAACGACUAUUCUGUCUACGUUCGAGCUUCUAAUCGUCUUUUCCUUCUUAUACCCGUGGACGAGGAUUGGAUGAGUCACGUGCGGGUCCUGUGGGGCACCGCACUUGGGCCGGUACCAGAGAGGCCAGGUGGGGUCACACCCCUCCUGACGACACUCGCCCGAAAGAGAUACCGACCGGCAAAACAACGAUUACCUAAGGACAAGGCCACGAGAUCUCACGUGACCUCACGUGACGGCCAAGUUACCCGAUACCUUGAUCGUAACAUUUUGAUUGCUCCUGUUCACACCCCGGCUACAAACAGCAAGGCGGCCCAGAAAGCCCCUGCUCGGCCCAAGGACAAUAGCGACAGUAAUGACGAGGAAGACCAGCUCCGUAGGCAGGUUGCUCAAACCAACCAGGAGCUCCACGAACAAACGCUCCGCGCAACCCAACUCCAAAAGGAACUCCAGGCUCUCCGAGCCAGUGCUAACGUUACCUCGACCCCUCUUAAUGGGCGCGAAAAACUCAAAUUUAACCCCCCAACCACAUUCGAUGGCACACCUGGACAACUUAAAGGGUAUUUUGUACAGUCAGCCUCCGCUUAUGCAGCCGAGUUCAGAAGGCUAGCAAUAAGGCUGGACAUAAUUGAAAAAACCAAGAUCCUCCAAUUCUACCAGGGACUGAAGUUAAAAGUAAAAGACGAGGUAUCCAAGCUCGACCGACCCGAGGAUUUCCUCGAGUACGUCGAAUUUGCCAUCAAAUUUGACAACCGGAUUUACGAACGCCGACAGGAAAAACAAGGCGGACAGCGAGUGUUCGUCACCUCAACUCGACAAGCCAACACGGGACGCAAAUACCAACACCCUCAACCCAUAUACCACAAAAAUAAUGGUGGAUGGCAGCAGCCCCGUUAUAUGGCGCCCCAAACCUAUAAUACAGCUUAUGGUACCCACAGUGGACCCAUGGACCUCAGUGCCACAUAA